CUAGUUCUUGGCUAGGUCUAUUUAGAGGUGUUUAGGUUUGAGUCCGGGUCUAUCUAAUCCCGAAUCCGACCCGAUCCGUUGGCCUUUUGCCCUUCUCCGGCUAAGGGAAGAAGCGAUCUCAGAAGCGAAGGGGGAAUGGAGGGCGGAGACGAUGGUGGGGCGGCGGCGGCGGCGGCCGCGGCCGCGGCGUCCGUUGACUCGAAGGACUUACAGCAGCAGAGCAAAGCCCUCGACAAGCUCACCGACCGCGUCGAAGACCGCCAGCUCGAUUCCAGCCGCGUCCAGAGUGCCAUGGCAGCUCUUGCUUCAUCGAAAGAAGCUGAUUGGAAUGCAAUGAGAAUGCGGGAGAAGGAACUGGCUGCUGUCAAGAUCAAUCUGACCGAUGUAGACAUCAUCGCCAAUGAGCUUGAGUUGGACAAGAAAGUGGCAGAGAGAACACUGAGGGAGCACAAAGGCGAUGCUGUUGCUGCCAUUCGCUCUUUACUGCACUAGAAGUUUGCAUGACACAUUCCUUUGGUUCCAUUUUUGUAAUCACGCAAUAUGGUCAGGCAAUCGGCUAUAAAUCCUGAUAUUUUAAAUUUAUAUGGGAAAAGAACUAGUUUCUUGCUCCAGUAUUUACUCCAUUUUUUUUUGCACGAAACAUCAAUCUCUUGUACCGGGAAAUAUGAAGUGACUAUAUAUUUUGUUUAGUUUCUCUGUACUUGUUGAUUUCUGUCAAACUUCAAAUUUUGGGGUUUGUUAGUUUCUAUAGCUGAAUCUGUUUUACUUGAAGCUCAGUCUAGAUUCCAUGUAUUGGGGCUUAAGCCUAUUCUCCUGAUAUUCUUGGACCUCUGACUGGAUGUCUCAA